AUGGCUAAUUCUCCAGUAAAUAUAUCACAGGGUGUGUUGACAUUCAGUGAUGUAGCAGUGAACUUCUCCCAGGAGGAGUGGGAAUGCCUGGACUCUGGUCAGAGGGCUUUGUACAUUGAUGUGACGUUGGAGAAUUGCAGCAACCUGCUGUCUGUGGAGAACUAUUACAAGUGUGAUUCUGUCCAUCAGCAUGUGAAAACUGAAAAGGAGUCUUGUCAGUGUAAUGAGCUUGGAAAAGUGCUUCAUGACCCCUCUACAUGUGCACUUUAUAGAACAAGUGAAACUACAGAACUCACAUGCAGUAAUAACUACACAUGCAGUAAUCCCAGGGAUGCCUCUGUUGACUCAUCAAACCCAGACAGACGUGAAAGCAUGCACAGUGGAGAAGAACCUUGCCAAUCUAAAGACCGUGAGGAAUCCUUAAAUUUGUGUUCUGACAUUCUUCAAGAUCAGACAGGCUACACUGCAAAAAAAGAGCACAGGCAGGAAGAAGGUGAGGAAUCUUUGAGCUCUGUAUACAGUCUUGUGCAACACCCAAUCUACAUUGAAGAAAAUCCACACCAGUGUGGGAAAUACAAGAAAUGCUUCAGGACUGCUUGCUACCUCACAGAUCACAAAAGAAUUCCUACUGGAAUUAAACUCUGUCAGAGCAACAUUAGUGGAAAAUCCUUCACCCAGCAUUCCAGUUGUAAAAUACACCAAAGCCUUCAUUCUUCGGAGAAACCAUACACUUGUAUGGAAUGUGACAGGUCCUUAACUUGCAAUUUGCAAUUUAGAAGACAUAAGAGAGUUCAUAUUGGAGAGAGACCUUACAGUUAUAUGCAAUGUGACAAGUCCUAUACCUGUCUCUCACAUCUUAGAAGACAUCAGAAUUUUCACACUGGAGAGAGACCUUACAAAUGUAUGGAAUGUUACAAGUCCUUUAUCUGUGAUUCAUAUCUUAGGAAACAUCAGAGAGUUCAUACUGGGGGAAAAACCUUACAAAUGUCUGGAAUGUGACAAGUCCU